AUGAAUUGGUGGCCUGGCUGGACUGUUGAACAGCGCUUACCUUCAUUUUUCAUGGGAGGGCCUGGAGAAUGGAUUAGCCAUGAUUGGUUAGCUUUGUCAAUGGGCAUGUCGCUAUGGGGUAUUACUUCCGCCAUGGAUAUGAUUAAUCUCCCCAACAACGAGAACGAUCCAAAGAAGGAUUUUUUCUUGGCCUUCAUUGCGUCUGGAGAUCUUCGGCACAUCGCGCGCACUCUCAACUGUCUUCCAUCCAACUACUCUGGGAACCUCAAGAUCCUAUUGAACGACUGCAACAUGCCAAUCGUUUGUCGCAAUAUUGUCAUACUCCUCAUUUUAGGAAGCAUUGUGGACAAAACUACAGCCACCGAUAUUGCCCUACACUUCCAGUACUCGGUGUUCAUGCCUGCAGAAUAUUGUGUCACAAUUUCGUCAAUCAUAACGUUUUUAUUGAAACGAGCCUAUGACCAAGGAUUCGGAUCCAUAGUCAUUCCUCUUGGCCAAAAUUCAUUGCUGACCUUCACAUUAACUAAAGCGAUGUGCAUUUUUUUCGAGCAUUACAUCUCCACCUCUUUCUUGGCACAAGAGAUCCAAGACCAAUACAGCAAAGUGAGAAAUGCACCAAGCCAUGGAGAUUACCGCAAUAAAAUGUAUGCAGCGCUGCGACCAUCGCAUCACGUCGCAUUCCUCAAGUUCCGCCAAUUCGGCCUUGUCCUCCCCUGCGGGGCCCCAAACGCCCAUUUCAACACCCCAAACCUCUCCCUUUUCUCGCUCAAAGGGGAUGUAGGGGACGUGGUGAAUGUCGGAAAAGCACAUGGAGCCAACGCCGAAGACAUUUACGGCUGCCUCUACUUUUUCCUCUCCAAACAGCUGCGCGAGGUGAUUGACAGACUACAAACCACAUCAACAUCCUUCUUUGUCCAGAUGCUAGAUGCAUGUGACCUUGGGUGCCAGAUUCGAGAUGGCUCUUUGGCUGCAGACGGCAUCCCUUCAAGCAUCCGUUUCGACCACAUCAAGGUUUCAAACAUCAUUGAUGCCAAUUACGUAGGUCUGAAUAACAUUUUAACGUCCUGGUCCCCUUUGCUCUGUGUUAACCACACCACUGCUAUCGUUGGGUAUUUCAUGAAUUGGUUCACGAUCCAAUGCAAUGGCCGCGUUUUCGGGGCGCUGGAAGGUGGAUCGGUUAGCAGUAAGCUUAUGCGUAGUUUGAUGGAUAGAGUAAAGCAGGUAAGGUUUCACUGUUGUGGAUCACACAACUUGAUUUUUACUUUAUUACAAGGGCACGGAGUGGAAUUACUUGAAUUUGAGUACGUCCAGACUGAAUUUGUUGCUGGUUAUGACUUACUCUGCUUGGGUGAGAUGGAGACCAAGCUGUACAUCCUUCCUGAUGUCAGUGACACAAUCUAUGAUAAUUCCAAGCCAUUUUCCGAAUUCUUGAAGAAGCAAGGGAUUAAUGAUAUUCUCAAAAAGACAGACUUGACCUCAGUGUUGUGCCGGUUGCGCAACUGCUGUGAAAGUCGCCGACUGUCACUGACUGCAACCAAACACAACUGUGACUUGUGGAGUGCCAGGGGUGUCCUCUUAUAUUAUGUAAUGUAA